AUGGACUUAAAAUUCCAGCUCUUUAAAGGUGCAUCGUUCCACCUCAGGGGUGAUAUUGCGGGCAUCGAAGCGGACACGAUAAAAAUCGCCUCAAAACCGCGUGUCAAGAAUGUCUGGCCAGUUCGAAGAAUCGCAUUUCCAAAACCUGACACGACGUUAACCGGGAGCAACGUGACGGAGUUCCUCCAACGUGUUAAACGGCAAGAAGUCACAGAUGGAGUGUUCACUCCGCACCUCAUGACUCAGGUUGACAAGCUCCUUGCCGAAGGCUACACGGGUAAAGGUUUACGCAUCGGGUUGGUUGAUACGGGCGUCGACUAUAAGCACCCAGCCCUUGGCGGCUGUUUUGGUGAAGGAUGUCUCGUUGAAUACGGCUACGACUUUAAUGGAGAUAACGACACGUCGCCCGUCCCAAUUCCGGAUCCGGACCCGUAUGACGGCUGCGUCGGGCAUGGGACUCACGUCGCGGGAAUAAUUGCCGCUCAGCUUAAUGAGCACAACUUUACAGGGGCUGCGCCUGGAGUCAAGCUUGGCAUGUAUAAGGCGACGGGCUGCGGAGGGAUGACAACUAACGAGAUGCUGAUUGCUGGAUUCAACGCCGCAUUCGAGGCUGGAAGUGACAUCAUCUCUUGCUCGGCCGGUGACGAUUCUGGUUGGGCUUCAGACCCCUGGGCUAUUGUCGCUUCGCGUAUCGCUGCUGCUGGUGUUCCUGUUGUUGUGGCUCCCGGGAAUUCAGGAAACUUGGGUCUAUGGUACCCGUCCACGCCAGCAUCCGGUGUUAAUGUCACGGCCGUUGGCUCUGUUGAGAAUAUCGUUCUCCCGAUGCUAAUAAAAGAGGCUACCUUCACUAUUGGUAAUUCAACUCGAUCCGAACGUUUCGGCGUCAGGUUUGGCAGCCCUUCUUAUCAAGCGAAUAUUACUUUACGAUUAUGGCCUGCAAGCAACAAUACAGCUUCGGAAACAGAUGCGUGCCAGCCAUUUCCUGACGACACUCCAGAUCUAUCCAAAACAGUUGUUUUACUUCGCAUGCCAACUCAGAGUUCGGAAUGCACCGCGGAAAUUCAGGCUGCGAAUCUUGCGGCGAAGGGAGGCCAGUAUUUAUUAUGGUAUAGCCAGUCAAAUAGGGAAGUUCCAGAUAUAUGGAUCUCCAAUGAAUCCAUAAAGGGUGUCGGGUCUAUAUCCUCUAGUCAAGGCACCGAAUUUAUAACGCUACUAAAUGAAGGGAAAGAUAUCGUUGUAGAUAUCAACGACUCGAGGUCUGCAGGGUUAUAUGUCCAAAAUCUGGAUAACCCGGUAACUGGUGGAUAUACGAGCAGAUCAAGUAGUUGGGGUCCAACUCAGGAGGUCCAAGUCAAACCUCAGGUCACAACUCCGGGUGGCAACAUCCUGUCGACUUAUCCCUUAGCCUUGGGUGGCUACGCUGUUCUAUCGGGGACCUCAAUGGCGACUCCUCUGCUAGCGGCUAUCUUUGCACUUAUCUCCGAAGCCCGCGGGACCAAAGAUCCUCAAAUCCUCCGUAGUUUAGUUUCUGCUACUGCGAAGCCCAAAGUCUGGUUUGACGGUACGACCGCGCAUGACAACAUCCUCGCGCCAGUCGCACAACAGGGAGCGGGCAUUGUUCAGGCGUGGGAUGCUGCACAUACAUAUACAAUCCUCAGUGAAAGCAGCAUUUCGUUCAACGACAGCGACCACUUCGUCGGCGAGAGGACCUUUACGAUUCAGAAUACUGCCAGCGAAGAUGUAACAUAUGUUCUUGGGCACACAAAAGCUUUAACAAUGUACACCUUUGCGGAUAACUCCAGUCCCGUCCUUAAAAGCACCACAUUUCCAAAUCCUACCGCAGACGAUUGGGCUGAAGUGAAGUUCGCCUCUGAUGAGAUCACCGUGCCUGCAGGCGGAACUUCUGAGGUUACGGUUAUACUCUCACCACCGCAGAAUCUUAAUGAAACAUUACUUCCUGUUUACAGCGGCUAUAUAACCAUUAAUAGCACUAAAUCGGGGUCAUUAGUGCUGCCAUACUUAGGCGUUGUCGGUAGCCUAUACAAUACUCCCGUCGUUCAGGCCGGCUAUGACGGGGGAGUCUACCUCACCAAUACCGACGGUCACUUCAAUAUUCCGGUUUACGCAAAUACCACAUUUAUAAUUGAUCGCCCCAGGAGUAACAGUAGCUCCAGUGGUAUCGUCUACCCGAAGCUCGUAGUAUGGCCCACCCUAGGCGUGCCAGCACUCCGCGCCGAUGUCGUAGCCGUAACUGCCACCAGCCUACCGACGACUAAAUGGAAAGGUUACGAAACUAUUGGUUCGCUACCAGGUUACCCAUUAUAUCUGGUCCCCCGGAAUGGAGGAGGAAGCUAUUUCAGUGGUUUAUUGGAUGACGGAACCAUCAUCCCAGAAGGCACAUAUAAAUUCGUCACUAGUGCCGUCAGAGUAUAUGGCGACCCUGCAAAAGAGGACGACUGGGAUAUCGUUGAAACGGUGCCUUUUAUACUCAAGUAUAAGUCAUAA